CAAAAACACUACCCUUGACCAGUACCGUGUUCGUAAGAUCGUCUUUCUUCUCUAAAGCACGACGAUUCUAUUUAGACAAUGUAGCUGUAACCCUUGAUGUGGGGGCGGAUACUUGGCGGAGCUACUCCACAUCUUCCACUUUGUCUUCACUACCCCUCCUCGACGAUUCGAAACCUAGAACCAUAAAUCGAAAUUUUUGAAGCAUCCGUUUUCUUUGACGGCGUUGAGUCUCCCUGAGACAGGCGCUGUAUACGGUAAACCGGGAAGGAAAUAUGUCAGUCAUGCAGACACGCAGACGAUUUGAUCAGAUGCGAACUUUCACACGCUGAUCUAGAAGACCACCCUUCGUACAUCGCGUUAUCGUACAUCUGGGACCAAGGCGGCGGAUAUGAGAUGAUCGAAUGCGGUGGAGUGACUCUCCAGGUUGGCAGGAACCUCUGGAAUUUCCUCCGUCGAUUUCGGGCGUGGGAUGCUGCACGCGGCAACAGACUCUGGAUUGACGCGAUCUGCAUCAACCAGAAAGAUGGUCGAGAGCGUAACCACCAAGUGGCUCAGAUGGGCUUUAUAUAUUCUAUGGCAGCAUCUACUAUCGCAUGGCUUGGAGAAGUCACCGGCAGAGAGGACAUAGUCUUUCGCCUUGCUGUGGAGUAUCGUAAUUACGACCAAGCUAAGAUAGAGGAGUUAAACCACCAAGACAAGCAAGGGGAGGAAAGCGAGCAAAGAACAGCGAUUUUACAUCUUUUAAGGAAUCCUUACUGGACUCGCGUAUGGAUCAUCCAAGAAUUCUUGCUGGCGCAGUCUUUGGAGAUAUGGUGCGGAAAAGACUGCAUGGAUGAUCGUAGUCUUUAUAAGGUAUUUAGCGGAUAUCAUGCUGAUACAUUGCUCAGAUAUUGGCAAGGUCCAGGGAUAGCCCUUUUCAGCGAAAGAACUGAAUGGCCGCAGCGUAAUUCCAGUGACGAGGCUGCCCCAAAGCUCAGACUUCGCUAUCUUAUAAAGGUCUUUUCUACCUCAGCAUGUAGCGAGAGAUAUGACAAAGUUUACGGUCUGCUCGGACUUGCACGCGAUGCAACGGAACCGCCUCAUCCGAUACGUCCCGACUAUGACAAAUCUGCCAUUGAAGUACUUGUUGAUGUACUACGAAAUCAACACGGGAGGAGGGAAGAAGGGGAUUACGACGACCAUAGAUUUGUCGAGUCUCUUCGAGUUAUGCUGGGGGUACCACGCAUGCAGCUCGCAAAAUACAUCCUCGAGAAAGCUCCGGUGACCGAGCCACACAUCUAUGCGCUUACUUCAAGGAUGCGACUCAAGGUACCUCUGCGGUUCAUCAGCACCGUGACUCGGUGCAAUAGCCAGCUGAGUCGCUCCGAACUGCUUGCGUGCGAAGAACUAGCGGUAACACAGCAUAACUACCCCUGGCCCUUGAUGCCCAGAAGUUUUGUUAUCCCGUCUACCGAAGCACUCAUCGAAAACAUCAUAAAGGUCAUAGACCCUUCUAAAGCCGACAACUCUCAGGGACACUGUCCCAUGAGUACCGCUAGAUUGGUCGACAUUCUAUUUCGGAGUGCCAUGCAAGCCGCCGAGCGUUGCAUACCCACGCCACAGCAGAAAGGAAAUGAAUACCAUUCUUUUACUGGCACGAAUGGAGUCAGCGGCAUAGCAUUUGGCGCACGUCCCGAGGUGGAACACAAAAUCGCCGUGUUUCCGAGUGCAAGCCAUACCCGAAUUGCACUCUUAGUCGACAGCAGCUAUGAAAGUUCGAGAAUCACAGGCGUAGCUUAUCUAUCAAGUUCUGGGGCCGAUGAAGAAAGGAGCGAAAUCUCGCCAUCGAUAUGGCACGUGCCGACUCCAGAGCAAAGGCAGGAUGUGGACGUUAUCAACAGCCGCACUCUAUCAGACCAGUCGGGAAUUAUGGAGGAAACAAACGAGGCAGAGAUAACCAGUGACUUCUGUCUCACGUGCGGUGACCCGAUAUCCUUGUUUGAUCUCUGCCAGCGUGGCUUUCUCGACGAGAGUCAGCUUAAGCACAUGGUGGGAAAGGAAUUGGAAGCAGAGGACGCAGCGGAAGAAGAGCACUCGUGUGAUAAAGAAGGAUGCAGUCAAAUAUACUUUUGAUACGCGGCAUACCGUAGGAGCAUCCAAUGAAGAUGCUUUUUUCCAGUUCCACCAUACGUUUAUACCUGCAUUUCGCGCAUAAAUUAAACGUUUCCCCUUCUCAGCGCUGACUGUAUUCUUCUAUCAAAACCAAGGUCAGCACUGCCAAGAACGGAUUAUACAACGCAAUAGAAGGAACUAGGACAAAACUAUAGUUUAGAUGUUGGACCUAGCACCUUUUGACUCAC